AUGGGGCUCCCCCUCCUCAUCCUCACCCUGGUGGUACUGGGGCUGGGGGAGGGGCACCAGGACCCCCCCCCAGCCUCGGGCCACCCCCAAAAUCCCCACCCCAACCUCUAUGGAGCCCCCAAAAGCCGCCAGGACACCGCCCAGGUGUGGCUGCAGACCAUGGGGGCAGCCCUGGGGGUGUCCCUGGCCCCACACCUGGUGCUGUUCCUGGUCCCUGCGGAUUCGGGAUCCCCUCGACGCCGGGGGCUCCUCAGGCUCCUGCUGAGCUUUGCUGCUGGGGGGCUGCUGGGGGACGCCUUCCUGCACCUCAUCCCCCAUGCUCUGGCCCCCCACGAGCACCACGAGGGCCACGGGCACUCCCACCAUGGGCACGCCCCCCACGAGCACCACGAGGGCCACGGGCACUCCCACCAUGGGCACGCCCCCCACGAGCACCACGAGGGCCACGGGCACUCCCACCAUGGGCACGCCCCCCACGAGCACCACGAGGGCCACGGGCACUCCCACCAUGGGCACGCCCCCCACGAGCACCACGAGGGCCACGGGCACUCCCACCAUGGGCACGGUGCUGCCCUGUCCGUGGGACUUUGGGUCCUGGCAGGGAUUGUGACGUUCCUGGCAGUGGAGUUGGGGGUCAGGCACUGCGGGGGACACGGACACGGCCACGGUCACGGCCCCAAGGCCAAGCACAGCUCCAGCGAGGACGAGCCCGACGGUGACACCGGGGACACCAGGGCCACCAAGGCCACCAGGGGGGGGCCCAGGGCCACCAAGGGGGGACACAAGGCCACCAAGGGCCAGCCCAGGAGGGGCCACGACGGGGACAGGGCCGCCAUGGCCGUUUCGGGCUACCUGAACCUGGCGGCCGACGCCGCUCACAACUUCACCGACGGGCUGGCCCUGGGCGCCGCGUUCUGGGGGGGCCCGGCCCGGGGGACCCUGACAGCUCUGUCCGUGCUGCUGCACGAGCUGCCCCACGAGCUGGGGGACAUGGCCCUGCUGCUGCGCGCCGGCUGCUCCAAGGGACAGGCCAUGCUGCUGCAGCUCCUGACCGCCGUGGCCGCUCUGGCCGGCGCCGCCUGCUCUCUCCUGGCCGAGGGCUCCGGCGCCGCCGCCGUGGCCGGGAUCCUUCCCUUCACCGCCGGCGGCUUCAUCUACCUGGGCACCGUCUCCGUGCUCCCCGAAAUCCUCAGGGAUUCUGGCCCUGCCCAGGCCCUGCUGCAGCUCCUGGCACUGCUGGCUGGAGUGGCCAUGAUGCUGCUCAUCGCCCACUACGAGUAGGAAAUCGCCCAAAAUUCCCCAAAAUCCGCGUUGAGCGACGCCCCCCACUCCUUUCAGAACGGGAGAUGCCUGUUCUGAAUUUUAUUUUGGGACCAGAAAUCAGGGGUGCUGUCUAAAAGGGAUUUUGGGGGGUUUGGUAGGAUGGGUGUGGGGUUUGGGGUUUUUUUUUUUAUAUAUCGCCGAUGAUGGCGGCGUGGCGAAUCAUGAUGGAUUAAAAUGUGAGGAUGAGGAUGA